UAAUUAGAACAAGCUUGCAUUCCACAGCGAAGUAUUUUGUCCUCUACAUGGGGCUAUGCACAAGCUGGUCGCAAAAUCGAGCUCUGUAAUCUUGCAUAUUUGCUUUAAGAAGCCAGUUUAAAAAGCUUCAUUUUUUGAAGGUCAACUCUUUCAUCUGUUGGAGUUUACGGAGGAAAUAUUUCUGUUAAAAGAGGGUUUUUAUAGUCACUUUAUUCAGUGUUGUUUAUACAAGUACGUUUGAGGAAAGCAUCUCAGCAGUUCCCUUGUUGAAAUUAGCUAGCCGGCUUUGCACCACUAUAAAAUGAGAAGAAGGAAGAACAGUCAACAAGCGAAUUUGAAGAGCAUUAGAGUAAUGGUGAUGGGACAGGACGGAGUUGGAAAAACUGCUCUCAUCGUACGAUAUCUCACCAGACGGUACAUCCACGAGUACGACAAGACUUUAGAAUCAACUUAUCGACAUCAUCUGCAGAUCGACAACGAGUUCAUUUACAUCGAUUUAAUGGAUACUGCUGGAGAGAAUAACUCCACGAAAAUCGAGCGCUGCAUAACAAGCGGAGACAUGUUUUUAGUUCUGUACUCCAUCGAAGAUCACGCAUCGUUUGAUGAAGCAGCUCGCAUUGGACGGUACAUAAAGACUCACAAACUCAUAGACCAUCGUUUAAUCCUCAUUGGAAAUAAGAAGGACUUGGAACAUAUACGACAAGUUGACGAGACUGAGGGCAGCGAGCUCGCACAAGAGCUCGACUGUCCUUUUUACGAAAUCUCGGUAUCUGAGUGUGAUGGUUAUAAAGAAGUGAGCGAAAUGGUUUAUAGUUGUUUGAAGAAGUACUUACAGAGUGGUGAAAAAUCAGAACCAUCUCGUCCACGGACUCCUAAUAUGUUAGCUACAACUUCCUCUCUUAUUCGCAUGAAGGAGGGAUGGAUGAGAAAGGCUGGGAGAAGGAAAUCCGUUACAACACUUUGAUGCACUGAUAUAUGUUGACCAUAUAUGCAUUCACUAUUCAUGUACAUAUCAUGGAGGCUUAAUUGAGAAAUGUAAAUAGACCUCUCUCGAUAUUUCCCUCAUAUCCGCGCGGCGCGCACAUUAAAACGAGGUCAGCUGGUCUGCRAACAAUAUAUUUCUAAAAAAGGCAUGUUUUAACAUUUUAUAAAGUGAAUUACAGGUAAAGUAGUUAUCAUUUGUGCUUGAUCUUUAUUGAGAAYUCAAAAAACAACGAGGGCCAUCUUCAAGUGCUACGCAAAUACUGCUCGAGUCCUUCAAGGAUCACUCGUCACGUGAUCGUAUCUCGUCUCUUGCCUGUCGUAAGRGCUGUCGUAUUCAAAGACAAUGCAUAUGUAUUAGAACKGACGAUUUUGCCUAAAGAAAUAAUAGAUAUUACUAGAAACGAUUGUAAAUAAAUGGUUUCAAAGCGGUAUUCUUUCUUUCUUUACGCAAUACGUGACGUACGCAAAUGAAUGGGAUACCUGUGUUUUAUUGUUAUCCGCUGAACUAUAGCRUCGCUG